GUCAUCAACUUUCGCAACACUUCCGGCUUUAUUCAGUUAGAAAAAGUUUGUUUAUAACCUCAAAAGAAAUCUGCUUUCAUCUUAAUUCCCAGACGAGGGAUCAGUAAGUUUGUUAUAACAGGAGAGCUUUAAUCGGUUGUAUGACCAGUUUUGACAUUGCCACUCAAUUAACAGGAUCAGGCGAUCCUUUUAAUGAUCAACAAGAAGAUGUUGGCCGAGGGGGUCAAGACAAUUUAGUCCACAUUCGAAUACAACAGCGUAACGGCCGUAAAACACUGACAACUGUCCAAGGGAUUAAUCCGAUUUAUGAUUUCAAGGAAAAUUUUGUGAAAGCUUUGCAAAAAAAGUUUGCUUGCAAUGGUACUGUAGUGGAGCACCCAGAGUACGGGGAGAUUGUGCAGCUCCAGGGUGACCAGAGAAAUCACAUUAAAGAAUUCCUUAAGAAAGUCGGUAUUGCCAAGGAAUCAAACAUAAAGGUCCAUGGUUUCUAAAGGGGGACGCCUUGUAUCAGUUGGAAGCAUAUAUGUAAUUUAAGAUUUUUAUAAAGUCAUUAUCAUCAUCUUAAUUUUCUUUUGCUAUGAAGUCAGUAAUGCAUCACCUCUGUCAUAGUGAUGAGUAGUUUGUAAACACAUAGUGUAACAGUUAUGUUAUUUUAAAGCACAUUUUGUACAUAAAUCGCCCAUUGGAAUAUCCCGCAGACGAUAUGAAAGUUUCAAAGAAGAUGCGUUUAUCACACAGAAAGGAAUUUCGUCGGAGAGGUUUCUAAAAAUAAAAACAAUAAUGCAAUCUUUAUAUGCCUAUUAAUGAACUACGGACAUUGGUUCGACAUUUUGAAAAUUGAUAACUGUAGAUAUACUCGAUGUGUGUAAAUGUAUUAAAAGCAAACCUUUUUUUCUUCGCAUUUGUUUAAUAACUUUGUCUUAAGCUUAUGUGUAGUUUGAACAUAUUAAAGGAAAAUACGAUGUCAAAAUAUUGGUAAGUUAAAUUUGUUAAUAUCAAUGUCUAUUAUACUGCAAUAUUUUAUAAUUAACUCUUGACUUUUCAUGGAUGCCUUGAAAGAAGUGAUUUUAUCUCAAAAGCUUUUUUUCAUGUACUGUAAAAAUGGUUACUUUUGUAAUCUUGAUAAAAAAUUGAUUGACAUGAGUUUUGCUAAUUUUCUACAUGUUGGAAAUUGACCAGACAUUGCAAGAAUCUUUAUGAGAAUAAGUAACCAUUUAUACAGUAUAAUUUAUCAUAGUAGUUGAUUGUUUGUAUUCAAUAUUGUGUCAUGCUAAAUUAUCAAAUAAAAGUUUCUUUUAUACGUCAUUUA